CAUGCGCACGACACUCCGGUCUUUUUACCCCUAGCGCCGCCGGGCCCGCAGGUCUGCGUGGAGCCGCGAUUGCGGGUUUCUGCUCCGCACCAUGGGGUUUGUGAAAGUUGUUAAGAACAAGGCCUACUUCAAGAGAUACCAAGUGAGAUUUAGAAGGCGGCGAGAGGGUAAAACCGACUACUAUGCUCGGAAACGAUUAGUGAUCCAAGACAAAAAUAAGUACAACACACCCAAAUACAGGAUGAUAGUUCGUGUAACUAACAGAGACAUCAUCUGCCAGAUUGCCUAUGCCCGUAUAGAGGGGGACAUGAUAGUCUGCGCCGCCUACGCAAACGAGCUGCCGAAAUACGGAGUGAAAGUUGGCCUGACAAACUAUGCUGCCGCCUAUUGUACCGGCCUGCUGCUGGCCCGCAGGCUUCUCAAUAGGUUUGGUAUGGACAAGAUCUAUGAAGGCCAAGUGGAGGUGACUGGAGAUGAAUACAAUGUGGAAAGCAUCGAUGGUCAUACCAAACGAUUCCCUGGUUAUGAUUCUGAAAGCAAGGAGUUCAGCGCAGAGGUACAUCGUAAGCACAUCAUGGGUCAGAAUGUUGCAGACUACAUGCGCUACCUAAUGGAAGAAGAUGAAGACGCUUACAAGAAACAGUUCUCUCAGUACAUAAAGAACAACGUUACUCCAGACAUGAUGGAGGAGAUGUAUAAGAAAGCCCAUGCUGCUAUACGAGAGAAUCCAGUCUAUGAAAAGAAGCCCAAGAGAGAAGUGAAGAAGAAGAGGUGGAACCGUCCCAAAAUGUCUCUUGCCCAGAAGAAAGAUCGGGUUGCUCAAAAGAAGGCAAGCUUCCUCAGAGCUCAGGAGCGGGCUGCUGACAGCUAAAGCAAUUUUCUAUGAAGAGUUUUUCAUAAAGAUAAUAAACUUAUUGACCAAGCAGCCAUUUCUGUGUUAGCUAAGCUGUUAUUAUGAAACUGGGGGAUAGCAUGAAGUCAUGAAACCAAAGGCGGGGGACUCAGAUCCACUGCCUCUGCUGGGAUGGAGGGCAAGUAUAUCCAUAUCGCUGGCAAUUUCCUCACCUCAACAAAACAAGUGAUUCCAGCGGAGCUCUUGGGUUUCUAGUCUUCCUGGAAGGAAUCGCUAUCCUUUAGCAUGUCAAAUUUGGUAAGCUACAGACCCACGAUCAUUGGGAUAUAGUUCUUCCAUUGAGAAGAAAAUAUCUCAGAGUCAAUCUUGAAAGCAAACCAGUGUGAAUCCAUGGCUGGAAGAUUUGAGAAUGACAAGUCCAGAUUUUAACUUUGAACAGAAAAGGGUUGUGGGCUUUUCUAUGCUUAGUUUUUAUUUAUUGGUUUAUUGGUUGGUUGGUUUUUCAAGGCAGGGUUUCUCUGUAUCAGUUCUGACUGUCCUGGAACUCACAUUUUAGAUCAGGCUGGCCUCUAACUCACAGAGGUCCGCUUGCCUCUGUUCUGGGGAUUAAAGGCGUGACCACCAGUGCCUGGCCUUAAGUUUUAUGCAGAUCUUGAAAGGUAUGUGCCAAACUUGAAUAUACAUAGGAAGAUAACUUAAAAGGGUACAGUAUUAAAUCUUGAAUUUACAAGGUUUACAUG